AGUAUGUGUAUACACUGAACAACUAAACAAUCGCAGUAGAAAUUCAUCACAUUCACAGACUUGAGUAACAGAAGCUUGUGUUAUGUAUAUGUAUAUAUAUCAAUUUUUAGCCGAGAGCCGAGAAAAAUAAUAAAUUUCAUCAGUGCAGAUCUAACCGACAAAUUUUCCAAUCUGCCACCGAAUUUUCAAUUAUGCAACUUUACUAACCCGCCACAAUAAUAAUAAUUAAAUUAACUAGCAGAGUAAAGUUAUCAGAUAACUUAAAAAUGUUUUUAAGCUGCAAAUGUCUAAACAUAAUUCUAAAAUACUCGGGCCGUCAAUUAUUACCUACUACUCCUCAAGAGUUAUCAUUUCCAAACCACGAGUUUUUCUGCGAUAACUCUCUAAUAACUUCAGCAGCUGAUGAUAAUUUUGCGGUUCUAAAACGCCAGCCAGCAUUGAUUGACGAGCAAGUUAUUGACAUUUGGAAUAUCACUAGAUGUAUCAAUUGUUAUCAGUACACUUACGCAGUAAGCGAUAAACCGAAUAACCCCGAUAAUUUAUCAUCAGAGGACGUGGUGAAACCCCCAAUAAUAAAACCUGUCAUCAAGUACUUGAUUUUAAACAAAUCGCUUAUAAGCGGUGAUAACUUUUCAGAUGAUAACUCUGAAUUAUCACAGACGAAAGUUGAAAAUUUACCUGAUGAUAAUUUUAAGGGAUCAACUCCAAAGGAUAACUCCAAACUGACAAUGAGUGAUAAUCUCAGGUUAGUAGCUAGUGAUAACAUCCCACUGAUCAGUACAAGUACAAAAACAACAUUAAUGACUGAUAACUCAUCAAUUAUAAACUAUAACUCACCAAUUGUUGUUGAUAAUUCUUCAUCAAAAAGUGAUAAUAAAACUAUUAUAUUUAGUGAUAAUGUACCGUUGAUAAGUGUUGAUAACUCUGGCGUAAAUAGUGAUAAUAUUUGUUUGACUAAUUCUAUAAUAUCUAUUGAUAAUUCAAUAACAUUACCCUCGACUACUAAUUUAAAUGAUAACUCUGGUGUUAUUAUCAAUGAUAAUUCAACUCUUACUAGUGAAAUAAACAACUUUACUAUGGUCACCGAUAACUCAAUAAUAACUGGUGAUAAUUCAACUCUGGUGAUUGGUGGUGAUAACUCAAAAAUAUCACCAACAACUGGUGAUAAUUUCACAAUAUCAGAUAACUCAAUGGUUAAUAAAAAUAAUAUUUUUGUUAAAAUGAGAAAUCAUCCAGAUUACAGUGAUAUUUACAAUGUUAUCGUUGAUAGUGACAACAAUAGUGAUGAUAUUGAUGAUAAUGAUGAUAAUGAGAUUUUGAUGAUGCGAAAACAAUUGUUACCAGAAGUUCAGGAAUCAUUGGGAAAUUUGCAUCAGCAGUAUGAGACAAAGGUCAAAAAUAUUAAGGAUACUGUUGAGGAAAAUAUUAAACAAUUCACUGCUAAGCAGUACAAGUAUCUCGAAAAUUACAAAGAUAAAGGCCAUCAUCAUUAUUAUCUAUUGACUAAUAAAAUAUUGAGGAACGAGUUUAAAAAAAUAAAAAGAGAAAAUAUUCAAGUUAUCGCUGAUGUUCAAUCUAGUGAUAUUGACGAGGAGAAUAAGACUGAAUUGUUGAAGCCGAAAAUAGGUGAUUGUGUAAGACCGAUUAUAACUCAAGAUAAUUUUAUUAAUUUUUUUUUUUUUUUUUUAAUAAAAAUGUAUAAUACAUUGAUUAAUAAAUUGAGAUUUUUUUACAAGCCUUAUGCACUUGCAGUUGUUUCUAUUGGGUAUAUUGUUGGCGAAUUGGGGCAUUAUUUAAUUGGAUCAACUAGCAAAGCAACGGCAAUUGAUUUGCACUAUGGUGAUAUAUCAUGCCAAUUAAAUUCAACUGAAUUUUCAGUAAUUGAUUUACCAGUCCAAUGUGAAACUGCCAAUAAUUCUGAUUAUUGCUUGUCAUUGGAGCUUAAUGGUACUAAAUAUUGCGAGUGGAAUUACAAUGGAUUGGGCCUGGAUUAUCAAAUAUUAGCUGGCCCAAGUUUUAUCGCAGUUUUUACUGUGGUUGGAGUUGCGUUAGGCAUCGCUGCUGAUAAGUUUAACAGAGUGAGAUUGUUGGCAAUUUGUACGUUAGUGUUCAGUAUCGCCAUUAUUCUCAUUGGAACUGUCAAGGAAUAUUGGCAGUUGGUGAUUCUGCGUAUGGUUUUAGCUGCUGGGGAAGCCGGGUGUAAUCCAUUGGCCACAGGACUUUUGUCAGACUGGUUUGACGAAAAUCAGCGUGGAUUAGUUAUGUCGAUAUUCAACUGGGGAAUUUAUGGGGGGUAUGGUAUCGCAUUCCCGGUCGGUCGGUAUAUUCCUAAACUUAACGCUUGGGACCUAGGAUGGAGAGUAUGUUAUUAUGGUGCAGGAAUAAUAGGGCUCAUAAUAACAGGACUUACUGCAUUCACCCUGUCAGAACCCCAAAGAAAGUCUAUUGGGGAAGAAUCUACAGGCAACAAUUCCAAUGACAAUUCCAAUAAUGAAACCACCAAAUUAACAGUAUGGAAGGUUAUUUUCCAGCCGAGGAUCAUCCUUCUUUGUCUUGCUGCUAGUAUCAGGCAUUGCGGUGGAAUGUGUUUUGCCUACAACUGUGACCUCUACUACCGUGAAUAUUUUCCAGAUUACGAUCUAGGUUGGUGGCUGUUUGCAGUAACAAUCGUGAUUGGCAGUAUCGGAGUGGUGGUAGGUGGCGUGGUGAGCGACAAGUUUGUAGCUAAAAUGGGAAUCAGAUCGCGAGUUGCAGUUCUGGCAAUCAGUCAGAUCAUAGCAACGCCAUUUGCUUUUGGCUCUGUCUACUUUAAUCCACUUGGUGCAAUGAUCACUUUGGGGAUUUCAUACUUUUUUGCUGAAAUGUGGUUUGGAAUAGUCUUUGCAGUGAUGGUCGAAAUAGUUCCCGUGAACAUGCGAUCAACAACUGUCGGAGUAUUCUUGUUUGUUAUGAACAAUAUUGGAGGUAACUUACCGAUCUUGGUGGAACCUACUCGCCAGGCAAUUGGCUUCCGGGAGAGUCUCUAUAUUUACUACGCAGGAUUUUACGGGAUUAGCUCGAUAAUGUUUUUCCUUACUAUGUUCCUGAUGGACGGUGGAACGUCUAAUAAUAAUAAUAGUAGUGAGAAGCCAAUCGAGAGUGGCACCACUGCUAGUGCAAACAUUGCCAGCAAUAUCGAGAUAAUUAACAAAACAAACGGAUUGGCUCACAAUCCCGCUGCUUAUGCUCAUGACAACAAAAUGUUUAUUGAUGAUUCUGGAAAAGUUACUUUGGAAUUGCCACCCCGGUUUACUUCCAGGUUUAAUAAUUAUAAUUUUUCUGAUAAUUCUAGGUUAUAGAGGAUAAAAUUCAGGACGGGGCCACGGGGGCCGGGUAGUAGUUGUACAAUUUUUCUAUAAAUUUUUUAAAUAAAAGUUAUAUCCUUUAGGUUAUUAGGUAAUAA